AUGUUUUGUGUGAAACGUUGUGGUGAAGACAUCUCUCUGGAAAAGGAGGAGAAAAAGAUCAACAAAUUAAUUGAUGAGACGCUCAAAAGGGACAGAAAGGCCGCCAGACGUGAACUCAAACUACUGUUGUUGGGAACGGGAGAGUCCGGUAAAAGUACUUUUGUUAAACAAAUGCGAAUCAUUCAUAACAGCGAUUACACGGAGUCUGAGAGAAAAAGUUAUAUUCAAUACGUUUAUCACAACAUUAUUAUCGCGAUUCAGUCUAUCAUUAAAGCCAUGAAUGACUUGAAUAUUAAGUAUGAAAAUGAUAACAACCGCACAAAUGCUGAGCUUUUAGAGACUAUUUAUGUCGACUACAAGGUGUACCACUUGACACAACUGAGCGCACCGGUAGUAUUGGCUGUUAAACAACUAUGGGAUGACUCUGGAGUGCAAAAGUGUUAUAACCGUCGAAAUGAGUACCAAUUGAGUGAUUCUGCAAAGUAUUACUUCGAAGACAUCGACAGACUAUCGGCGCCCACCUAUACGCCCACUCGAGAGGAUAUACUGAGAGUUCGCAUACCGACUACAGGUAUCAAUGAAUACACGUUUGAGUUAAGUUCUGUGCUCUUCCGUGUGGUGGACGUCGGGGGCCAGAGGUCUGAGCGGCGGAAAUGGAUCCACUGCUUCGAGAACGUGACGUCCAUUAUCUUCUUGGCGGCACUCAAUGAAUACGAUCAGACAUUAUUUGAGUGCAACCAUAACAACCACUAUAUGCAGAAUCGUAUGGAGGAAUCGCAGGCCCUCUUCCACACCAUAAUCACCUGCAAGUGGUUUAUGGACUCCUCUUUCAUACUAUUCCUCAACAAAACCGAUUUGUUUUCAGAGAAGAUAGUGUUGUCACAUCUCGUCGACUACUUUCCUGAAUACGACGGCCCCGUGAAGGAGGCCCUCCCGGCGCGCGACUUUGUACUCAAAAUGUAUUUGUCGUUAAACCCAUUCCCAGAUAAAUAUAUUUUCAGUCACUUUACGUGUGUAACCGAUACGGAAAACAUGAGAUUUAUUAUAGAGUCCGUCAAACAUACUAUACUUCAACGUCAUAUUAUUGACUUCAAUAUGGCUUAA